AUGCUGAUGCAUUAUUUUAUAAAAUUUUGCCAGGUGAAUGAAACACUCAACAAUCCACCGGCUCCUCGAGCAGCAGCACGUGGUGGUAACGAAAGAGCUUCGGCAUCAUCGUUUGGCAGUUUAGCAGCAUUGAGUGGAGCAGGCACGGACAGCGCUGAACUUGGGGCUCUGGGCAACCUGGAUCGCAAUCAACUUAUGCAGCUUCUUUCGUUCAUGAAUCACUCCGGAGGAGGAAGUGCAUCGAGCAGCGAUACGGCCGGCCUGUUACCGCAUCUUCCAGUUCUCACUGAUGCUCCUCAUGCAGGAGGAUCGGAAGGAAGUGGAGCGGCUUCAACUCAGGUAGCUACACCAUCUAAUACUCCUUCGAAUGGGACCGUUUCCGGAGGUCCAUCAAACAAUGCAGUGCGGCUAUCACAGCUCAAAGAAAUUAUCGCAAGUAUAACUCCACCGGAUGCAGCCACGAAAAAGCGUAAGCUUGUUGAAUUUCGUUAG